AUGAGAGAUUAUCAUUACUUUGGUGAUUUGCUAGUUCUUGAUACUACUUAUAGGACUAACAAAUAUGGUAUGAUUUGUGCUCCAUUUGUGGCUGAGAUAAGAAAUAUUUUCCCCAAAGGUGUUCAUCAUAGAUUAUGUGUGUGGCAUAUUGAACAAAAUUCUAAGAAAAACAUUGGGGCAUUGAGAGCUUUGGAUGGUUUCACUGAUUUAUUUGGUUAUUUGCUGAAGUAUUGUGAAACUCCACCAGAAUUUGAGCAUUAUUGGAAAAGAAUGUUGCUGAAAUAUGACUGUGCAAAUGUUGAUUGGUUGAAUGAUUUGUAUAAAAUCAAAGAGAUGUGGUGUCCAGUUUUUUCAAAGAAAUAUUGGUCAGGAGAGUGGAGAAGCAAAGAAAAAGGGAGAGAUUAUAAUACAAUCAGAGGUAAUCGUCAUUUGGCCUUUGCAUACAUUGGGAUUCUUGUUCAUGCUAGAUCAUUGUAUACUAUUCAAGCUUAUGUGCUUUUUGAGGAAGAGUUCAUUAAGGGUACUGCUUGUGAUCAUAAAGAUGCUGGUGUGAGUUUUCCUGAAUAUUAUUAUCAUUUGUGGAGACAUGGGAAAGAUAUGAUCAAGCACGAGGUUGUUUUUAAUAAAGAAACACAUGCAAUAUGUUGUACAUGCAUGUUGUUUAGUGAAAUGGGUUUGCUUUGUUCUCGUGCUCUUCGAAUUUAUCAUAUGAAUUGUGUUCAUAAAAUUUCAGAUGACUAUAUAUGUAAGAGGUGGACUAAGGCUGCCAUGUGUAGUCAUGGCCUUGAUGAACCAACAAUGAAAACCAAUGUAGUAUCUACAAGUGUUUGGAGGACACAAACACUAGGGAAAUUUGUUAAGUUGGUAACAAGUUGUCAAUACUCUUUGAAUGCUAGAGCAGAGGUUGAAUGGUAUUUCAAUCUUUUAAAAGAAAAGAUUGAGAGUGUUACUGGUACUAUUGAUUUUAAUGAACCAGUUGAAGGUAUUGAAAUAUGUAACUCCACAGUUGGUGUAAUCUUCGUUGCUCCUCCACUUCAUUUUUUGCAAAACCACCUUAUAUUUCUCAAUAGAAUCUGCAUCUUCAUACCCCAACCCUUUCAAGUAUUCUGCAUAUCCUUUUAA